AUGGAAGCCUGAAGGGUACCAUUAAUUUCAAGCAAGCAUAAGCGAUGGGAUCCACGCUGCCACUGUUCGCGUUUCUGCUGUUGUUGUUGUUGUUGACGUUGCUGCAAGCAGCAACGACUGCAGCAGCAUCGGCACCACCGUCGCCGAACGUGGUGUCACCACAUUGCAAUGAGACAUGCGGCGGUAUUAGCAUCCCGUACCCCUUCGGCAUCGGCGAUGGGUGUUUCAGGGACGGCUUCGAGGUCACUUGCGAAGUCGUUAACGCGAUUCCCAGAGCUUUCUUGGGCGGCAGCGAGAGGAACAUUACAGUUCAGAACAUAUCCUUGCUCCAGGGCCAAGCAAGCGUGCUGAAUGACAUCGCCUGGCUUUGUUUCAACAGUACCGGCGACGUGGUGGAUGAUCAAGGAUCUUCAAUCAACCUCAGUGGCCUUCCGUUUAGCGUAUCCGGCACGAGGAACGAGUUAACGACCAUGGGCUGCGACGUCAUUGGCAUCCUCAUAGGCGGGGACAACUAUACAUUGGGAGCCGGGUGCGUCUCCGGCUGCUUCGAAGAGGCAAGCAUCGCAAUCGGAUCGUGCCAUGGCGCCGGCUGCUGCGAGACCACCAUCCCGGAGAAGCUGGACAAUUUUACGGUCACGUUUGCCACUUUCUUCGAUAUUUCUUCCUACACGGACUACAGCCCCUGCUCCUAUGCCUUCAUUGCCGACACGGACUGGUUCUACUUCAACAAGUCUGACCUUCGCAACCACACCUUUAGAGACAAGUACAAGGACGGCGUCCCACUCGUGCUGGACUGGGUAGCCGGCAACCAGACCUGCGAGGAGGCUAAGAGAAACCUUUCUUCAUUUGCAUGCAGCAACAGUGACUGUAUCGACUCCACCAGUCUACCUGGCUAUAUCUGCAAUUGCUCCACAGGUUUCCAAGGCAAUCCUUACCUCCCAGAUGGAUGCAAAGAUAUCGACGAGUGCAGCUUACCAAAUCAGUAUCCAUGUUAUGGAAAGUGCAGCAACACAUUAGGCAACUACAGCUGCACAUGCCCAAAAGGUCACAGCAGCAAGGACCCUAAAUCGGAACCUUGUGUCCGAGAUCAAGGAAUUCCGACAUCAACGAAGAUUGUUAUAGGCAGUUGUGUUGGGAUUGUCUCGUUCAUUACUUGUAUCUUCUGCAUAAUCUUAGCGUUUCAAAGAAGGAAGCUUCUUAGAGAAAAAGAUAAAUUCUUCCAGCAAAAUGGAGGCUUGAGGUUAUAUGAAGAAAUCAGAUCAAAGAAAAUCGACACUGUCAAAAUAUACACUAAAGAGGAUCUAGAGAAGGCAACGGAUAAUUUCGAUAAGAGUCGAGAACUUGGGCGAGGAGGCCAUGGCACCGUUUACAAAGGAUACCUAGACGAUGGUAGGGAAGUGGCCAUCAAGAGGUCUAAGGUAGUCACCGAGGACCAAAGUGAAGAAUUCGUACGGGAGAUGAUUAUUCUUUCUCAGAUCAAUCACAAGAAUAUUGUAAGGCUCUUGGGUUGUUGCUUGGAAGUCGAAAUUCCCAUGUUGGUUUAUGAGUUCAUACCCAAUGGAACCCUCUUCGACUUCAUCCAUGACAAUAAUGAGAAACUAAUUCCCUUGACUACUCGUCUACGAAUAGCCAGAGAAUCUGCAGAAGCACUCGCUUACUUGCAUUCAUCAGCAUCCCCUCCGAUCGUUCAUGGAGAUGUGAAGUCGCUCAAUAUACUUCUAGAUCAUAACUACGUGCCAAAGGUAUCGGAUUUUGGUGCAUCGAGGAUGAUAUCUAUAGACGAAACCCAAUUCAUAACGAUGGUCCAGGGAACUCUUGGUUAUUUGGACCCAGAGUACUUGCUAGUCCGUCAACUGACAGCAAAGAGUGAUGUCUAUAGCUUUGGAGUAGUUUUGGUGGAGCUCGUCACAAGGAAAAAGGCAAUUUAUUAUGAUGGGAGCAAUCAAGGAAAAGCUCUUGCUUCAAGCUUCAUCGAAGCAAUGAAAGACAGCCGACUUGAAGAGAUAUUGGAUGAUCAAAUCAUGGGAAAAGAAAACAUGGAUGUCAUCCACGAAAUUGCCGAGCUUGCAAAGGAAUGUUUGAACAUGAAUGGGGAUGAAAGGCCUACGAUGAGAGAAGUGGCUGAGAAACUGCAUAUGUUAGGAGGGUUCCUACAGGUCUCUUCAACACACCAUGCACCCGAGGAAUGUGAAGCAUUGCUUGGUGAAUCAUCUAUGAGCUCUACCUUGGAUUCUGUCGGGUACCACAGUUUAGAGAACAAAUUGGGAUUUGAUGUAAAAGCUGGAAGAUGAAGCAGAUAAAGAAACUAUGUUCUCUCUCUAUGUUAAAAUCGAACUAGCAGAACAGACUGUUCUUGGUUACUUGUUUUGUAACUUAUGUUACUUCUAUUACAAGCAUGAUAAAUAAAUUUAUAAUGGAUUGUAACUCUCAGUAUUGUAAUUUGUAUUUCUUUUUCUAUGUAAAACUCGAGUUUAAAGGAAGUAUUGGAAUAU